AUGGGCAUAGCCUCCAGAUCUCAGAUGGGAGACAUGUCUGAACCUGUGCGGAUGGGCCUAAAAGUUGAGCACCGCUCGGAUAUGAAGAAGCUGCUCGGUAUUGUUGACCACUAUAUGGACCAGGCUGGCCGCGAGCUUCAAGAAACUUCUGCUGAAGUUUCAAGGCUGUUGCAAGUGAACCAUCAUCUGAUAGACAGGACGCGGUCACUCGAAUCACAGGUGCAAGGAAACGGCUCCCAGCAGGACAAAGUCAUCGCAGAGCUGGAACAGCACCUUGAGGGCAAAGAAGCAGCACUUUCCAGCGCUCAGUCCAGGAUCGAGGAGCUGGAGGCAUCUGUAUCGUCAAAGGAAGCUCGGUGCUCAACAUUAGAAUCUAGCUUGGCUGCAGCUGCUGAGGCUCACCAGUUCUCGGAGAAGGAGCAGGAAGGCAGGGCAUUGCGGCUUGAGGGUGAGCUGGACAGUGCUAAAAAGCACUGUGGAGGCCUGGAACAGAAAAUAGGCGAGUGGCAAAGGAAGUACAAAGAUGACAAUAAAAAGCUUGCAGAAGCAGUGCGAGCAUUGCGAGGAGAAAAGCUUGAGCUGGGCACAAAGAUUUCCAUGGUAGAGAAGGCCUGGGUGAAUGCCGUGUCUGAAAAGGAUGAGAUUAUCGAAAAGCUGCAAGGUGAGAUUGAUUCACUUCAACAGGGAAUGCGUCAGCAGCGGGAGGAGAGGAGCACACAGGAGGCUGAGCGUGUUGCUCAGCUGGAAGCCUCCUUGAAGUCGGCUUCAGCAAGGAAUGCAGAGCUCCAGGGGGAGCAAUUCAGGAUCGCAAAUCUAGUCGAUGCCAUGCACGAGAGCAGCGGCUGUCCUGCCGAUACGGAAGCCUCAACAGUGCAAAAGCUGGAGAAGGUCUCUCUUCAAGUGAGGAAAGAGAGAGAUUGCCUAAAUUCCAGGCUGGGUGUUGAAUCUUCAAGACGCCAGCAGGCGGAGGAUAGGAUCACAGACUUGGAAAUACGCUGCAGCACAGCAGACGAGGAGUUGAAAUUGCUGCAGAGCCAGCACAACGAGCUGCUGGCAGUCAGGGAAAGCCUUGACAGGCAGCUCUCUGAGGAGCGUCAGGAUGCAGCAAAGAUGAAGAGGGUCAGGCUGGAGCUGGAGCGGUUACAGGCGUUCCGCCGAGAGAUCGUGGCCGAGAGGGAUUCCGCCCUUGUGGAGCUGGAGAAAUUGAAGGAGGAAAAUGGAAAGGCGCAAGGCUUGGGGGACGAGGUGGGUUUUCUGAGGUCAGAGAACCAGCUGCUGAGGCAGCACAGCUUCAAGUCAGCUCGACUGACUUCGGACCUGGAACUCGCGACCAAUGAAAACAAGGAGCUGAAAGAUAGGUUGGCGCGUAAGGAGGCGGAAAGCAAGGAGGUGGCUGAUCUGCAGGAGAGGGUUGGCGAACUCACAGCCGAGAAUGCUGCCCUCAAGAGGGCGGACGGUGAAAUGAAGGGUCGCCUGACAAGGCUGGAGACUGGAGCCAAGGAGCAUGCAGCUCUGGAGGUGAAGGUGAAGAGUCUGCACUUGAGGAGUGAGCAGUGUGAGAGCCUAUCCAGGGAAGUGGAAGCGACGAAGGGUAAGCUGGGAGAUGCAGUGGCGAGCAAUGAGAAGCAUGAGGGCCCCAAGGUAGUGCAAAUCGACAGUGGUGGAGCAGAGUUUGAGCGACUGAAUGCGCGGAAGAGAGCGCUAACAUCCAGGCAGUGCACAUCUGUGGAGCUGGGUGUCCUUAAGGCCCAGCUGGCGGAUUCUGCCAAGUUGGUGAACCAUCUGAAGGAACAACUGAGGGUUGUGGGACUGGAAAGGGACCAGCUCGUGGCUGCCCAGGCAUCUACCCAGCAGGAGUUGCUUCGUGCCGGAGCUAAGAACACGCAAGCUUCGGACAAGAACACUGGACUGGAGAUUGCACCUGAGCGGGCAGCACAUGGUUCCAUUGAUGCAAGCCAAAUCAGAAGCCAGGCUAGGCAGCAAGAAUUGGAUGUUAUGUGUUCUGGCAGAGGCGACGCACAACGGCCAGCGCAGCAAGGCAAUGAGCCCGUCGAAACAGUCAGUGGCGAAGUGCGUGAAAUAUUCUCUGAACUGCUUGGCUGUGAUAUACCUGGGCUGCCCACGGAUGGACCAUUGGAUCCCACAGCCCUGGGUGGUUUCCUGGAGCGUGUCGGACAGAGCAAUGGCCAGUUGGCCCUCAUAGAGACGAGGACAAGAAAGUUACGGGGUGGCGAGGCUCAGGCCAGCCCAGAUGACAUGUCUAUAGGCUUGGACCUCCGGGUGGUGCUUGCUGAUAUGCUUGAUGAACUUGCCAGAAAAUGCAAGAAGAUAAACGAGAUCACUAUACACAAGUUGCUGGCAUCCUUCGAGGCCAGCAGUGCAGUGCAGCCUCCAAACCCGCCUGUUAACAACGUUUCAAUGGCACUGACGCGAAACGCCGGAAAUCCCACAUUGCGACAGUCCAACCAAGUCCAGGCCAUUGAGCCGCAGCUCCAGAAAUCGUGGACUCGGCGCGCCCUGGGUCAGGCGUCUACAAGUGCCCUCCGACCUUCCAGAUCGUUGGGGUCUCACGAUGAGCUUGCCGGAGGCUACCAACGACCGCCAGAGCGGGGCACAGCUACGGCAAGCUCAUGGAUCAAAGGGCCAGGCCCCCAGGACGCCGCAUCGCCUCAGGACCGCGGCGCGGCGGGAGUGCGAAGUUUCCUUGGGGAGCUGGGGGCGAAAAUGAGCCAGGGGUCGGAGCUCAUGCAGAAGGUUUCGCACGGCUUCAUCAGCAGGGCGGCCCAGCCCUCGCAGCAGCAGAGGCAGGUGUCGCCGCAAGGCGUCCAGAGCGACCAAACCCCUCCAGGAUGA